AAGACCCGCGCGGAUCCGCGGCUCCAGUUUAUUUAUCCCCAUCCCAUUGAAUUCCCUAUUAAUUAUUUAUUUAAUUCCUUCAUUUAUCCUGUGUUACUCCGAUUAUUUGUUUGUACCUUUUUUCUCGGGAUUUCGUUUUAUCAGGACAAAAAUCAGACAAGAUGUCAUUUUCCAAAGCCAAAAUUCAGAGAUUCAACGAACUCACAAGCGAGGCACCACCUCCUGGGUCUUACGACCCAAAAUUCGAGUCGAAUGGCAAGGGAUUCGCUGUUGAAAAAUCUGCACGGUUCAAUGAUAAUCGAAGUAUUGCAAGUAGUGCUGAUUGCAAUUCAGUUUCGAGUAAGGGAGUCGCUCCCCUAGUUUCCCCGAAAUUUCGCACUCCGCAAUUGUUAAAAAAAAGAAUACCCAGGGCAGUGCCAAGUAGCUGUCCAAAAGCAAAAACGAAGCUCGUUCUCAAUCCCAAAGAAUCUAAAUACGACACCAGAGAUGAGCUGGCUGAUCUCAAGGUGGAGUGUGCGAAUAAAGAUAAAACAAUACGAGAUCAUGAGAAAUGUAUCGAGGAUAUGAAGAUUGAAAUGAAAAGACUGGAGAAAUCACUGCAUGAAGUUGAGGAAAAGCAGAAGAACGUGGAGGAGCAGCAUAAACAGGAUUUAGAAUCUAUGGCAAAUCUUCAGCAAGACGUGUUGAACUCUCAAGAUGAAAAAUACAACGCUGAAUUAAUUUUCGUGAGAACUCAAUUAUUAGAAGUACUUGAAGCGAAACCAAAAGAGCAUGCAGCUUGCAAAGAAGCGGAGAAAGCCCUGAAAUCUCAGGUGACGGAUUUGUCGAUGAAAUUUCAGGCCCUCAAAACGGAAUUGAACGAGGAAAGGGAGAAAUCAAAAGCGUUCGACGAAUUAUAUCAGAAGUUUCAGAGAUUAGAGAGGGGAAUUGAAGCCAGAGAGCGUGAAUUUAUAGAACAACUUAAUGAAAUCGAAAUUAAUAAGGAAAUUAUUGUGGCUGAACUGACAGAUACUAUCAUGGAAAACGAGAAGAAGCUGAUCGAAGCUCGUGAGGAGGUGAAACAAAUGAGGAUGACGACGACUGGUUUAACCGAGGAUCUUAGAACUGCCGGAAGGAAUAACGAGUUCCUCCAACUGGAAUGUGAACGUCUUCGAGGGGAAUCUGAAUUAUUAACGAAUAUUCAAACAACUUUGGAAGAAACUCUGGAAGUUCGUCAACAAGCCAUUUUAAAUCUCCAGUCCCAGAUGUCAUCUCUCCAGUGUGAAAUGGAUGAGCUCAAAGCGGAGAACGAAAAAAUCAUAUCGGACUCUCAUCAACAGAUCUCCGAUCUCAUGUCGAAUCACGACACUGAGAUCACGGAUUUGUCCUCAAAAUUCCUGUGUAAGAAGCACCGAUUCGAGGCUGAGAAGGAGGCGGAUAUGAAAAAGCUCCAUGAAUUAGAACGUAAAAAUCAGGAGUUGUUAAUUAAAAAUCAUGCCCUUAUCGACGAGAUCAGUGAGGUCCAAAGGAAAUACGAAGAUUUAAAAAUAUCUUUCCGGGAAAUCGAGAAUGAAUUGGACAAUGAGCGAGAGUUCUCGGAUAUUUUGGAAGGAAAUCAUCAAGAGGAGAUGCGAAAGCUGAAGGAGCAAAUGGAAUCGAUCGUGAAUUCCCAGCAGGAGGAGGAGAAAUCAAAAAAUAAUUCCAGGAAUUCCGAAGAGCCUUCAGAGGAACAAUUACUCCAGGAGAAGCUCCGGGAGCGUGAGGACAAGAUAGUCAGCUUGACGACAGCCCUAGAGGACUUGAAAGUGGCAACUGCCACCCAAGAGAGCUUCAGCCAGAGUCUCCAGGAGGAGUUGGAUCGUGCAGAGGGUGAACUUGCUAAUAAAAAAAAAGAGCUGAAGAAUCUUAAGGAACAAAUUCGCGAGGAGACAGCUGAGAUGGUGACGAGAAGACGUCGCUUCGACGUCGUGAUGGCUGAGAAUCAGGCGACUGUUGCUGCCCUGUCCCAGAGGCUCGCUGAGAGUACAGAUGAGCUCGAGAGAGUCCAGGAGCAAUUGAAAUCCUCCGAAGAGCUGAUAACCGAGCAACGGGACCUUCUCAACAAUAUGAGGAACAGCUCGAAAUCCGUCAACGAGCAGUUGCUCUCGUUGAUCGAAAAGGUCAACAUCAAGAGGCUCGACGAGCUGGAGGAGUCCAAUCUGCUGGAGAUCGAGACCCUGAAGAAUCUGUUUGAGUCGAAAAUCGAGGAGUUGAAGAACGUGUCGCAGAGUGAACUGAUGAUUCUUCAGGAUGAAUGUAAGAAGAAGGAGAGUAAGAAUGCAGAGUUGAGGAGAGAGAUUGAGAAGAUGAUGGAGAAGAUCUCGUCUAUUCAAAAUUCGUUGUUGUCUCUUGAGGAACAGAAUGAUGCGCACUGCAUUGAAAUUUCAGAGCUACAGUUGUCGAAGGCUAAAGUUGAACAACAGCUGCAGCGACAGAUUAAGGAGUCCCAGGCUGUUGAAUUUUCUUUGGAGAGCCAAGUUGAGAAGUACAGGGACAUGGUAAAGGCUGCUGAGGAUCGUGCUGAUGAAUUGGCGCAGAUUGUCCAAGUGAUGAAGUCGAAUCAGACGAAGUAUGAGGGCCUUCAGAGGACUAUUGAGGAGCAGAAGUUGUUAUUGGAGGAGGAAAUUAAAAUGAGAACGAUCGCGGAGGAGAAAUCUAGGGAGUUGAAGGAUUCAUGCGAGAGAUUGAGGAAGGAUUACCAGGAAAUUGUGGAUAAGUACACCGAGGUCAUUGGCCAGUCGAGUCACAAGCAGAGGAUGAAGCAGAUCAAUCAUCUUAAGGAUAGAAUUGGCAGUUUAGAGAAGGAACUGGAGGAGAAGAAAAAUGUUGUGGAGCAACAAGGCAGGACUAUUGAUAGAUUACAGGCGGACGAGAGGAGGCGGACUUUUACGAAGGGAAAAGAGAAUUUUGGUGCCAUUUCUAAGAGUCCUUUUGGCACUCCUGUGUCAUCGCCUCUUAAACCGUUGACUCCUCUGCGAGAACGAAACGAAUGAUUUAUUUUUUAUUUUUUUCUUUUUCUAUGAAAUUGUGAGUUAUUGGAUUUAAAAGACAGUUGUAUAAGUUUUAUUACACAUGAAGGAAUUUAAGUGAGAAAAUUUAUUGACGUUCUAUCGAGUUCUAAUUUUCAAGGAACGCUCGGUUUUUCUAUCAAUUUUUUUCAUGUGUGAUCUUUAGAAAUUAUUGAACGUUUUAACGUUUUGAAUUGAUACUUUGAAUUUUUUGUUGACCGAGAAGAGGAGGAAACGUCAAAGAUUUGUUACAGGUUUCACGAAAAAACAUAUGAAAUUAAUUUAUAAUACCAUUUUAUUUUGAAAUACAACAAUUACUUUUAAAAAAUGAAUGUAGAAUAAUUAUAGAAUUGAAUAACAAAGUUAUUCAGUCUCCACUCCUUUCUCUGGAAUUGUCUCCAU